AUGCUUGCUCAUGAGCAUGACCCGAGUCGACCGAACUUUGCUGUUUCCCCAUCCCCUUCGUCGUCGUCUGUCGUGUCUCAACAUGGACAGACUAUCCCUAGCCGACAACCUCGUGCCCCCCUCGAGGCAACCUGUGAGGUGCCAGUCACCUGGCCUUCACAGACACAAGGCUCCACCACCCGUCUCGGUUCACUUGGCACUUGUUCAGGCGGUGGUCCCGUUAAGAGUCGCCAAUGCUCGUCGCUCGCUGUCGACUUCGGGAACAACAUCUGGACCGAUGGGACCAACAACCGACUACAUCAGUCUAACCUGCGUAUGGGCAACAUUUCGCGGAUCUUCAUCACCCACAUGCAUGCUGACCAUGUACUCGGCAUCGUCGCCAUCAUGGCAGUCAUCAUGAGUGGCGUGGGGCAGACUGAGCAAGGCCUGCAACGGCUACGAGAGGCGGGUCUGCACAAGAAGCCUGACCUGAACAUCUAUGGACCAGCUGGGUUACGCUCUUUCAUUCGAAACCAGCUGAAUCUGACGAAGAUUACGCUGGCGGGAGUUUAUGCUGUGCAUGAGCUCAUUCAGGUCGGGGAAGAGCCAAGCAUCGGGUGUAAGGAAGUCGACCUACACAUCAACGAGGCUGUCGGUCGUGAUCUCUACCCAAACCAGGACGGCGUGUGGCCUCACUUCAUCGAUGAGAGUGGCCACAAGGGCGUGAAGGGUUGGAGCGUCUCAGCUGGCCCACUGCGACACCGAGUGCCGUCACUCGGAUAUGUGUUACAGGAGCCGGCUCCUCGUCAUGCUCUGGACACGGCAAAGCUCAUGCCGAUUCUGCAGGCCAAUGCAGAAGCGCUUGCUAAGCUCGACCCGCCGGUGAAGCACCCAUUCUCGAUCUUGUCACACCUGAACAGCCUGCCCACUCCGCCACCAUACAAGCUACCAUCCGGCGAGGUGCUGUACCCGCCUGAGCCGACUGGUGAGCCUGGGCGGAAGAUCGUCAUCUUCGGUGACUGCUCGGGAGGUACGCCGAACAAGGUCUUCGAGCGGAUGUGCUCAGACGCCUCGCUGCUGGUACACGAGUGCACGAACGCGGCGAUCCCCGAGAGCGUGGGCAAGGGCGAGAAGGGACGGAAGGUGCGUGCCUCACAGCUCGAGCAAAGUCUGGAGCGGAAGCGCGACAAGCAGUUCGAGCGUGCGGCCAAGGACCGCGGUGUUACGCGUGAGCCGUGGAUCUUCCACGGGAAGAACUGCACAGACGAGGAGAAGGUCCAGCGUCUGGACGAGUUCGAGGACAAGAAGCGUCAAGUCAGGGAGAAGGCCAACUCGCGCGGACACGCUACGCCAGAAGACGUUGGCAAGUUUGCUGCGAGGAUCAAUGCGCGCCGCGUUGCUGUCAACCACUUCUCGGCAAUGUUCCCGUCUCCGCACUACUUGUCGAACGACCCGUAUCCGUCGCUGCUCGGGCCGACGUCACAGUUCCCAUACCCGACAACAGCAGCCGACGCGCAUGCGGGCAACGUACCGCCCGGACCGCUAGACAGCUCGGAACUGCACCUGCGCUUGAUCAUGCAGUCGCUCGCGAACCAGGUCUCAAUGGAGUGGAACCGCCCCGACUGUCCCGAAGAAUUCGGCGGACCACCAGCGUCUGAGAACGGCGUGAGCCGCCCGGCGAGUGUUAACGGCGUCGACAUCUCGGACGUCGACACCAGUGCCAACGGCGAGCACAAGCGGUACCUGAAGCUGGCCGUGCCCGCACGCGACUUCAUGGUGCUCCGCGUACCGCAGCACGAGUUGACGGCGGCCGAGAUCGAGGAUUUGCAGGACGCUGAGAAGGAGAUUGCCGAGGUCAUGAAGAGCUGGGCCGAGGACGGAGGUGCUUAUGUUGAUGACACGGAUGGGAAGCGCCGUUGGGUUGGUGUGCAGCCUGAGCCGAAGGAUUGA